AAAAGACCUACCAGUCAGUACAUACACAGCCUGACAAGACUUACCAUUCCCAGCUGUCAGAAUUGUCGAUUUGGAAUUCAAAUCUAAGACUAUCUGCUACUCAGCAUGGCUCAGAACAAUGCAUACCCUAUCUUGUUUGCAUGCCUGAUGCUCCUGUCAUGCAGCCAAGGCCAGAAGGCUGAGGAAGGCUUGCCCAUGGACGAGAAAGACCUUCCUUCUGCCAGGAUCAACUGCCCAGAAGGUGCUAAUGCCUAUGGUUCCUACUGCUACUACUUGAUUGAAGAUCGUUUGUCCUGGGGGGAGGCAGAUCUCUUUUGCCAGAAUAUGAAUUCAGGCCACCUCGUGUCAGUGCUCAGCCAGGCUGAGGGCAACUUUGUGGCCUCUCUGGUGAAAGAGAGUGGUACUACAGCUACCAAUGUCUGGAUUGGACUCCAUGACCCCAAAAAUAACCGCCGUUGGCACUGGAGCAGUGGAUCUCUGUUUCUCUACAAAUCAUGGGCCACUGGAGCUCCCAGCACCAACAACCGUGGUUUUUGUGUGUCACUGACUUCAAACACAGCAUACAAGAAGUGGAAGGAUGAAAACUGUGAUUCACAGUACUCCUUCGUCUGCAAGUUCAAAAGUUAAAGUCACCUGAACAACAAAUGUCCAGAACUCUAUCACUGUGGAUUAGAAAAUGAAACAAGACCAUCUGUUCACCCCAAAUUAGAUACUCUUUUCUGUUGAACUUACAACAGAUUUGCAGUAUUUGUAUCCACCCCAUUUUUUAGACCCUUUACCUAAUGAAAAUAAAAUUGUAUCCCCCACUUG